GGUGCUGCACCUCUAAACCCUUUUGCGCGCGCACCCACCCCGUGGGUGAAAUCAAUGUACGACGCAGGAGAGUGCAACAAAGGCAAGUAAGUGGCCCUUCCUCAACUAUCAGUCAGCCAGCUACUGAUUUUCACAUGUGUGUGGGUGAACAUUCUGGGCCGUUCGAUCUGGCUUAUUCGAAUUCAAUAUUUGUUGCUUUGUCCUCCGUGUUUCAGGGUUGUUAUAUCGCUGCUUUUUGUCGAGCCCUAAGGACGAGUCGGAUUCGAGUGAGUCGAUCGCACGGUUUUGGGCAAUCAUUCUGUAAUGUCCUAGAAGGCCUAAGUGCCUUUGGUGUGGCUAGAUUGGCUGUCAGCCGUCACAUGGCAUUUAGUGAGUGUCUGGGUUUGUGGCACAUCGUCUAGCUGUGCCCAUCGUGACCUCUUGACAGCUUAAACUGUCAAGCUCGACUCAAGUUUUGAGCAGUCUU